CUGGAUUAAAAAUAAUCAUUCCAGGCCUGUUAUUAUUAAAAAAGGAAGAGCGAAGGAGAAAUCUCAAGUAAAAAACAUUCAAAACGAAGAAUGUGAUAAUGCAACUCAUGAGGAGCAAGAAGCAAGUGGAAGUGGAUGUGUCUGCGAAUACGGUCCGAAUCAUUUUCAAAACCAUCGCAUAGCUUCUCGAUCAUUAGAAAUUGUAAAGUAUUUCGUUGAAAAUUGUGGUGCCGAUAUACAUUGUAAAGAUGAGUUGGGCAAAACUGCUUUACAUCAUGCUGUUCAUAUUGGUGCAAUAAACAUUGUCAAAUAUUUAGUUGAACAACAUGACGCUGAUUUAAAUAUCAAGAAUGAAAGGGGGUGGACAGUGUUGCAUAUUGCUGUUACUGAAGGUACGCUAGAAAUGGUAAAAUACCUUGUUGAGAAAGGCGCUGAUGUAAAUGGCAAGGAUACUGACGGGUGUACUGCGCUGCGCAGUGCUGUAACUGAAGGUAAGCAAGAAAUGGUAAAUUAUCUUGUUGAGAAUCACGCCGAUAUAAAUAACAAGGAUACUAACGGAUGGACAGUCCUGCACUAUGCUGUUAGUGAAGGUACGCUAGGAAUGGUGAAAUAUCUUGUUGAUCAUAGCGCUGAUGUUAAUGGAAAGAGUGCCCAAGGGUGGACAGUUAUGCACUAUGCGGUUACAGAAGGUACACUGGAAAUGGUAAAGUAUCUUGUUAAACAUCACGCUGAUAUAAAUGGUAAAAAUAAUAAUGGAUGUACAGUGCUUAACAGCGCUGUUAACGAAGGUAAGGUUGAAAUGGUGAAAUAUCUCGUUGAACUGGACUCUAAUGAAGAGAGCAAGAGGAUUGACGUAACUACCUCCCUCGAAGCUGCAGUUAGAGGUGGAUUACUCGACAUUGUCAAAUAUCUAGUUGAGAAGGGUGCUGAUGUAAAUGGAAAGGUUGCUGGUGGAUUUUCUGUCUUGCAUGCUGCUUUCAAUGCUGAUGAAUUAAAAGUUGUCAAAUAUUUAGUUGAACAGGGUGCUGACAUAACUCUGAAAACUGAAAUCGACUUUCAUACUCUUGGCAUUAAGAUCCUACGGAGGGCUGUGGAAAAAAAUUCAGUUGAUUUGGUCAAUAUUUUGUUGGAAAAGAACAUCGAUGUGUGGAGAGCUGGAACACUUGAGCUGCAUGAAAGACAAAUGAGUCUUCUUGAGUGGAGUAAUCACUUUCGUUACGCUGAGAUUGCAACUAUCCUCGAAAAGUCUGCAAAACAUCGUGUAAAAAUUCAGAUGUUGAAAACAAAGAAUUGUAACCAGUUAGACAAGAUUGAAAUACCGAUGCAAGCGUUUGACGCAAAAAAAGAAUUCAAAAUUGGCGAUGGUGGUUAUUCUAAUGUCUAUGUUGGUCUCAUGAAAGAUGGAAGUGAAGUUGCUGUAAAGAGAAUUUGGGUGCAAAUGAAAUAUCGACAUUUUCACCGUGACGUUACCUUCAUGUAUCUUAUUGUUGAUCUUUGCGAAGAAACCUUGAGGGAACUUGUUGACGCAUGCAGUAUUGCACAUCUACAAGAACAUGGGCCACGAAUGAUUAGGGAAAUUCUAUCAGGACUUGAAUUUCUUCAUGGUAAAGGAAUAUUGCACAGAGAUUUAAAACCAUCAAACGUCCUGGUUGAUAUCGAAGGACGCAUGAAAUUAGCGGACUUUGGAAUAAGCCGCGUUUUAAAUGACGAUGAAACGACAGUUCGAACCUUUGUUAAAGGUACUCUCGGAUGGAUGCCACCGGAAGUAAUCAAGGCAAUAGACAAAAACGAAAAGGGUCCUUUCAAAAGGAAAUCAGAUGUCCAUGUCGCAGGUAUGAUUGCUUUCUUCAUCUUAACUAAAGGUGAACACCCUUUUGGUUCCAAGUUAGAUCGGAUGAGAAAUAUCUUAGACGGAAAAACUGUCAAUUUCGAUAAACUUGGUCCUGGUAGAGCUGGAAGCUUUGUGUCGUGGCUGAUUAAUCACGAAAUUGAUGAUAGACCUUAUGCACACGAAGCACUAGAAUGUUCUUUUUUAAAUCAAAACAGACCAAAUGAGGAUCAGCGGUCAGUAAGGGCUUCUUGCGUAGAGAGAGUUUUUGCAUUCUGAACCUUUGCGCAAACAAAAAGAAUUUUGUGGACUUAGGCAUCUCAUACAUAUUCCUUAAUAUGCACUUAGGCAUCUCAUAUUCCGUAAUAAUUAAGUAAUAAACGUUUUGGUGAAAAAAUAAUGAAUUUCGGAAUGAAUUUAACGGAAUUUCAAUGCCAGAUUUGAUAUAACAGGGCUAAUAACGAGAAUCUAGUACAACUUUUUGAACUUUUUGUCGCUUCGGCAACUUCUUUGUCACUGAUAAACAACAAUUGAGUCAUCGACAUCUUUGAUAAAGAAAUAUUAACGUGUAUUGCCAAACAUACAGUGCAAGAAAAAUUUAAUUCGGCUGGUGUGAAUAAACGAGGAAACAAAGAAAUCAGCUAUCUUCGAAGAUUGCUUGAAUUUGUUCCCUUUCUUUGGUUGUUUCCUUCAUAGCCCAAGUUAUACAUUAUCAAUCUAAAGGAUGAACCAGGUUAUUUUUCACAACUUUAAUUGAUUCUAGGCUUAAGCUUAGUCUGCUCCCAUAAACUAGCUGCAUAGCAAAGAAAUAUACACGUAAUGUCUCUUGGAUACUAAAGGUGCUAAUAAUUUUUAGGGCUUCCAAUUUGUAAAGAGUGUUCGUAUAACGCUAAGAAAACGUUAGCAGAUAUCGAUCGUAAGAAAUGUUCGCACUUGUCUAAUUUAGAUACCUCAGCAGUAGAAUUACAUUGCAAGUUGCAUGCAAGGAAAGCUGCAAAGUGAAACACUACCUUCACUUGUUUUAUGACGUUUUAAUAUUGUAAUCUGUAUUAAAUUUACGUAAUAUAAUAAAAAAUUAGGAGCCUUUAUAUAAAAUGACUUCAUAACUAUAAGCCUUCUGAAUUCUGAUGGAAUAUGCAUCCAAAGAAGAAUUUGCAGUUGCAAAUGUCACACACAUGCAACUGCAACAAAACCAGUUGCCACGUUGGAGCAACGCUGGUUUAAAAGCCACGCGCGUUUUUUAGAUUUUGUCCUUUUAUAGGAAAGCAACUUAAACCGAUUUUACAGGACGAAUUAUAUUUUUUUUCCUUUUCUCCUUUUCCUAUUCUACUAAGAAAGUUCUCCUGAGUAAAAUAAAUCAGAGUUGUAUGAAUUUUAUGUCACCAUAGUCACGAAAUACGAACCCAUCAUACAAACCCAUGCAAACAUGGGAAAUUGACGAUUUUACACCACCAAAAGCACAAUUUGGGGGUGUUAAAAUAGCACAUUCAAAAUAACAGUGUAUUAA